AGCCCUGGGACCUUGCACCUAGCAGGAAAGCUGCAGUGGACUUAGCUGCCUUGUUUUGACGGGGGCUCCCUCUAGCCAACAAAUCCCUAGGAAAGGACUCCAACGUUCACCUUUCCUGGUCCUGGGAAGAUCAUGGCUGGGUUUGUGUCUUUUCUGGUGGUGAUCCUGCAGCUUGUUCUCCUUUGCUUCUCUCAAAGGAAUCAAGGGCCCACUGGCCCACCUGGACCCCCAGGAGUCCCAGGAGUUGAUGGCAUAGCUGGUGAAAGGGGGAUAGAUGGCCAGGAUGGUUUUCCUGGCCCUGAUGGGGAUGCAGGUAAACCCGGCUCCUCAGGAUUACCCGGAAUUCCUGGAAAUGAUGGUUUGACUGGCCCUGUUGGAGACCCUGGGCCUGAUGGUCCCCCGGGACAGAAAGGUGAACCUGGAAAGUCCGGACCUCGUGGAGCUGCUGGUGUUGGGCCUGAUGGAUCCCCUGGACCACCUGGGCCUGGAGGACUUCUGGGUGAAUUGGGAAAAGUUGGACCUCCUGGAGCAAUGGGUGUGAGAGGGCCACAAGGACCCCGUGGACCAUCAGGGCCCAGAGGUGCAGCUGGGAUGCUCGGUACUUCUGAUCUGUGUCCAAACUCUUGUCCACCUGGUACCCCAGGGCAUCCUGGUCUACCUGGUAUGAAGGGUCACAAAGGUGUGAAAGGCGAAGCAGGAGAACCUGGGAAACAGGGACACAAGGGUGAGGAAGGAGACCAGGGAGGUCCAGGAGACGUUGGGUCCCAGGGUCCAAUGGGACCACAGGGAAUACGAGGAGCCACGGGAAUGAUGGGCCCCAAGGGAGAGAUCGGUGCUCGAGGUCCUGAUGGAGAUCCAGGUCCACAGGGAGUUGCGGGGGCGACUGGAGACAGGGGUCAAAGAGGAGUAAUGGGGGAACCUGGGAUUAAAGGUGAAAUGGGUGUUUUAGGGCCACGGGGGAUCACAGGGCUUCCAGGUCCAAAAGGAGAAGCUGGUUUACCCGGUGUUGACGGCCGUGAUGGCAUUCCUGGGUUGCCGGGUGCAAAGGGAAACAUCGGCAAGCCAGGAGUUCCUGGAGAGAUUGGACUUCAGGGGCUUCCUGGUUUGCCUGGAACACCUGGACCAAAAGGCUUGAGUGGCCCAAAGGGAGAUUCUGGGAAGCCUGGGUUUCCUGGGACAUUGGGAUCUUCUGGAAAACAAGGUGAAAGGGGAGAACAGGGAGAAGUGGGACCCAUCGGACCCAUCGGGGAGCCUGGAGAUCCUGGAGAGCAAGGUCCUGUAGGUCCAGCUGGCAAGCCAGGUGCAAGGGGACCAAAAGGUGAUCCUGGUCUUCCUGGUCUCCCAGGGCCCCCAGGCCUGCCUGGAGUGAAGGGAGAAAGGGGUGAGCGUGGAGAAGCAGGUCCCAAAGGAGAACAAGGGGCUCAAGGUGAUGAGGGAAAUCCUGGAGACAGAGGGGAACUUGGAGAUGCUGGGGAAUCUGGAUCAAAAGGAGAGGCUGGUAUUCCUGGUGAACCUGGCAAAAGGGGUCCUGAGGGAAGUCGAGGCCAACCUGGCAUCGAGGGCCCUCCUGGCACACCUGGACCACGUGGCAUGCAGGGGAACAGAGGUCCACGUGGGAUCCGGGGGUCUCAGGGGCCUGCGGGCAAGGAGCCAAGCGAUCAGCACAUCAAGCAAGUCUGCAUGCGAGUUAUGCAAGAGCAGCUGGCUCAGUUAGCUGCUAGUCUAAGGAGGCCAGAGUCUGGCGUUGCAGGUUUACCAGGAAAACCUGGCCCUCCUGGGCCUCCAGGACCCCCAGGAGACAACGGUUUUCCAGGGCAAGCUGGAGCAAGGGGUCUUCCAGGACUCAAAGGACCACCAGGGGCAAUGGGAAAUAAAGGUCCCAAAGGUGACAUGGGAGAUAGAGGUUCCAGAGGGCCCACUGUACGAGGACCUAAAGGCCAGUCAGGACCUCCUGGGCUUCCAGGAGAGCCAGGGAAACCUGGGUAUGGUCAAGAUGGUCAGGAUGGGCAGAGGGGACCUCCUGGCGUGCCAGGACAGCCUGGCGUACCUGGUCCUCCUGGUCCAGCUGGCCUGAACGGCUAUUGUGACCCGUCAGCCUGCAACCUCCAGGCAGGAGCUGUCCAGCAGUCUCUGGAUGUGAAGGGACCUGCAGGGAACUAAGAGCCACUCUGGCAGAGACACAAAGACUGCUGGAUAAUCUCCCCAAGCACACAGCAUUUGCCACGCUCUCCUCCCAGGGGCCGUCGUCGCCGUUGUGUCUUUGAUACAUUAACCUCUUUGUGUGAGCAUGUUUCCUGCCAAUAACAUCUCCAUCAAAAGGAGUCAUCAUCUUUGAGUUGUGAAAAAAGGGCUUAUUUCAUUGUGCUUUUCUGGAUGAGAGGUGUUUAAAUAAACCCAGAACUGGGCUCACAUCUCUAAAUGAAAUGAUCAAAAAAAUACAUAUUGUUUAUCCCAUUUUCCUUUUAUCCCAUCCUCUCUUUAUGCGCCUCAUUUUGAGUUUUCUCUUUCACUUUCUCACAGAACAGCUCACAGAAUCCCCCAGUGCCAAUCAGUCUAUUUUGAUUUUGCAUUAUUUUCUCUUAUGAUGUUGUCUUUGUGAAAGGACAAUCAAGAGGAAAUCUGUUAAAGUCCAAAAGUCUGAUUUCCUGUCCAACUGCUUUAUGAGCAAACAAAACAGACAGGCUGAAAAUCUCUUAAAGUCACGCUGA